GCUGAGCAGUUGACAGGGCGGCGGCGCCGGUGGUGGCGGCCGCUGCUUCAGGGGAGGGAAGAUGGCUGUGCUGGCUCCGCUGCUGGCGCUGCUGUAUUCGGUGCCGAGGCUGUCGCGAUGGCUGGCCAAGCCGUACUACCUGUUGUCGGCGCUCCUAUCAGUCGCCUUCCUGCUUGUGAGGAAGCUGCCGCCGGUCUGCCUCGGUCUCCCCACCCAGCGCGAGGACGGCAACCCCUGCGACUUUGACUGGAGGGAGGUGGAGAUCUUAAUGUUCCUCAGUGCCAUCGUAAUGAUGAAGAACCGGAGAUCAAUCACUGUGGAGCAGCAUAUAGGUAACAUCUUCAUGUUCAGUAAAGUUGCCAACGCGAUCCUCUUUUUCCGUCUGGACAUUCGCAUGGGCCUGCUCUACGUCACGCUCUGCAUAGUGUUCCUGAUGACAUGUAAACCCCCCCUCUACAUGGGUCCUGAAUACAUCAAGUACUUUAAUGACAAGACAAUUGAUGAAGAGCUGGAACGGGACAAGCGUAUCACAUGGAUCGUGGAGUUCUUUGCCAAUUGGUCUAAUGAGUGCCAGUCAUUUGCUCCUAUCUAUGCUGACCUCUCCCUCAGGUACAAUUGCACGGGGCUGAAUUUUGGGAAGGUGGACGUCGGGCGAUACCCUGAUGUCAGUACACGGUACAAAGUGAGCACGUCACCUCUCACCAAACAGCUUCCCACCCUCAUCCUGUUCCAGGGUGGGAAAGAAGUGAUGAGGAGACCCCAGAUUGACAAGAAAGGUCGAGCUGUCUCUUGGACUUUCUCAGAGGAGAACGUGAUCCGGGAGUUCAGCCUGAAUGAGCUGUACCAGCGGGCCAAGAAGCAGACCAAGACCCGAGAUGAAAUCCCUGAGGAGCCAUCUGAGUCUGCCUCCCCUCAUACGCAGCCAGAUGAAGAGAGCAAGAAGGACAAAUAGGAGCUCUGUCCUUCCAGAGGUCCUUUGUCCUCCAGCUUUUUCCUGGUUGCCUUUUCAGGCCCUGCCCUUACUAUGACUGAGGGACUAAACAGACUGAUGCCUUUUAGUAUUUAUAUUUAUUCCUUAUUUGGAAUAGACAUGGAACCAGGCCCAAGGCUGUUAGGGGAGGAAUUAACAGAGGCAUACAAAAGAAUGUCCUUUGUGGCUAAGCACCUCCCCCAGUUUGGUCAACCAUUUCACCAAAGGGGAAAGAAAAUCAAUUCCUUAUCUUGGAAGAAGGCAGUUUCCAUCUGAAUGUGAACAUUUUUAAUACUGACUGGGCCUGGAAGAACAGAGAAUGGGUUAAUUCAGAAGUCAGGGCUUUGCCAUCCUGUGGUUUCAAUGCUUCUUCCAGAAGGCAAAUAGCGAACCCUUCAGAGCAAACAAGUUUCAGGUCAGAUGUACCACUAACAGAUCUUCGGGAUUGUUGACUUACUUCUCUGAGGUCUUUCUGGCCUUCCUUAUUGCUAUUUAACAUUUGGUAAAGGGUUGAAGCUUAACUUUGAUUUGGGUACUAAUUAUAAAAUCCAUUUACACCUGGACUGCCCUAGGGGAGUGUCGAAAGAUAUAAGUUGCUUUAAGAGAGAUAGUUAAUUAAUUUUAAUACUCCUUUCCUUUGAGCCAAGGAAAACCAAGAGCAUGUGUUGGGACUGAAAGAGAAAGGCCCAGGGCAGCAGGGGUGUUCCUUUGACACUUUUUAUUGAUUAUCUUUAGUUUUUGUUUUUUUUUAUCAACUUCAUUCUCACCCCCCCCAAUCAGUCUGUGUCCCACACUCCAAAUAUUGAACAAAUAAAAAGAACAAGCCUAAAAAAAAGAAAGACUUCAGUACACAUUGGCACAGUCCAGCCAAUCAGAUUCCUAUUUUGGCUGUGUCUGGAAAUGUGAGCCUUCUCUCUGUGAGGAGGAGGUGAGUGGGAUAUUACAGUCUUCAUUUUUUUUUUUUGCCUGUAUGGUUUAUCAUUGGGUUGAUCAAAGUUCUUAGUCUUUCAAAACUUUUUCUCUAUAAUAUUAUUAUAUAGAUGGUUAUAAUUUUGCUCAAUUUGCAUCAGUUUGUAGAGGUCUUCAUUUCCUCUGAA